AUGUCCGGCGACGCCCGUAGAAGCAUCCACGGCACGCCCGUCCCAUCUCCUCGAGGCUCUCCUCCGCGCAGCGUAGGUGUGAAUAGCCCGGGUUCUCGUCGAGCUUCAUGGCAAGCGGGAAUCACUACUCCGCCUGCAGCACCGGAGCUGUACCGCAGUCCGAGUGGGAGUGUACAUUCUCGAGCGUCGUUUCAAAGCCUGAGCGGAAUUCCCGAACAUGCCGCUGCUAUUCAGCGAAGUCCGAGUCAACGCAGUGUCAGCUCACAUGCUUCAUGGCAGAAUCUCAAUCUACCAAUGGUUACGCAGACGGGAGAGCUUAACCGAGCGUUGCCCAAGAUCCCGCUACGGAUUCCGGCCAAAAAUCCCAGGCGUAGUUUGAACCCUGUGCCAAUUGCACCACCUCCGCAGGAAGUACCUCUUGUUUCAUCCGCAUAUGUUCCUCCCUCACCAAGCUACUCUUAUCCUGAGCAAAGGUUCGAAGGACCCCGAAGUGAUUCCUAUGCUUCGACGGCUGCCGUCAAGUUUCGGGACGGCUGCGCAGAGGAGAAGGAAUGGGCAAGUAACCGCCAGCGAAAGUGCCGCUUUCUGGUAUUUGUCGGCGUUAUAACGAUACUGAUUAUUGGAAUUGCGGUUGGCCUGUCAGUUGGUUUAACCCACCAGGCGCAAACCGCCACCAAGACCACGCCCCAGUCGACCAACAAAUUCCCUACCGGGAAAUACAAGAUUCGAAGUAGCCUCCGAUCAAAGUCCACAGGAUGUACCUCACGAGCAUCAACCUGGGCCUGCCCCGCCGACUCAAACGGUAGUGGUGCCGAUCUCUACUGGUACAUAACCGGAAAACGGUCGUCAGGGUAUACUAUUUCUGGGGAAAACAGCCCCAUUAUGCCAGCGUUCAAGGAUAUUUCCAUGACCAUGAUGGAUGAAGAUCAAACCACGGAACGCUUCAUCUGUGAGAUGACCUUUAACAAGACGGUUCUCCCGGUAGACGCUAACACUCCCACAAACCGUGCCGCGAAAUGCGUCUUUCCGAACACCGUUACACAGAUAGUCUUAUGGACUCGCAGAAGAGGAAAUGACACGCUCAAUGCUUCUGAGAUUGACCGAAACUACGGUGUUUGGCCGGGAGAUGUCGAUCUACACCAAGUGAAGAUAUCGACCAUUGGAGAGCCAAAGUGCGAAGACAAAGCAGGCGCUUAUAUUGCCGAUGUGCAGGCAUCUAUCAGCAAUUGUGAAUGCCAAUACGGAGCGAUUUCGAAUUAAUCAAUGUGAGACGAAAGC